AUAGUCUCGUUUCACCAGAGAACCCACACAGAACCUAUAGAUCAUUUGAUAUAUACACGGUAUAAAAGGAUUAUCUCUGGUGUGUGAAUGUAGAGACAUAUGUGGUCAUAGCGGUAGCAACUCUCCGCAAUCUCCGUUUGAUUUCGUACUGAAUAUUUCGACGAUCAACUUGAACGAGACCUAGUAAAUGGCCAUGCUACCGUCCAAGAAACGUGUCUGUUACUAUUAUGAUACUCAGUGUCUGAUCGCUUAUCCGCCUGUUUGUGCUUCACCAAUGAUUAAUGCAACAAGGCAUGAUUAUUUCGACGCGAUACCCUGCAAUUCGUAUACUUCUAUUACUGGAUGAUACAAUUUUUACGAGGUGAAAUUGGAAAUUAUUAUUAUGGCCAAGGACAUCCUAUGAAGCCACAUCGUAUAAGGAUGACACACAAUUUACUCUUGAAUUAUGGUCUUUAUAGAAAGAUGGAGAUAUAUCGACCACAUAAGGCCACAGCAGAAGAAAUGACAAAAUUUCAUAGCGAUGACUAUAUUAGAUUCCUGAGAUCCAUACGACCGGAUAACAUGAAUGAAUACAAUAAGCAAAUGCAUCGAUUUAAUGUAGGAGAAGAUUGCCCUGUUUUCGACGGCUUGUACGAAUUCUGCCAAUUAUCAGCUGGUGGCUCUGUAGCCGCUGCUGUGAAACUUAAUAAGCAAGCUUCUGAAAUUUGCAUAAAUUGGGGCGGUGGCUUGCAUCACGCCAAGAAGAGCGAAGCGUCAGGCUUUUGCUAUGUGAAUGACAUUGUGCUGGGAAUCUUGGAAUUGCUGAAGUAUCAUCAGAGAGUCUUGUAUAUCGAUAUCGAUGUUCACCAUGGCGAUGGUGUAGAGGAAGCAUUUUAUACUACGGAUAGAGUGAUGACGGUUUCGUUUCACAAGUAUGGCGAGUACUUCCCUGGAACUGGAGAUCUCCGCGAUAUCGGGGCAGGGAAGGGAAAGUAUUAUGCUGUCAACAUACCUUUGCGAGAUGGCAUGAAUGACGAGAGCUACGAGUCAAUAUUCGUUCCUAUCAUUUCGAAAGUAAUGGAGACUUUCCAACCCUCUGCUGUCGUUCUGCAAUGUGGCGCCGACUCAUUAACUGGCGACCGACUGGGAUGCUUUAACUUGACUGUGAGAGGUCACGGCAAGUGCGUGGAAUUCGUCAAGAGAUAUAACUUGCCCUUCCUGAUGGUAGGAGGUGGUGGUUAUACAAUCAGAAAUGUGUCCAGAUGCUGGACGUAUGAAACAUCCGUAGCUUUGGGAUGUGAAAUUGCGAACGAGCUUCCCUAUAACGAUUACUUUGAGUACUUUGGUCCUGACUUUAAGCUACACAUCAGCCCAUCAAAUGUGACAAAUCAAAACACUCCCGAAUAUCUCGAGAAAAUAAAAACAAGGUUGUUUGAAAAUCUGAGAAUGCUGCCUCACGCACCUGGUGUACAGGUUCAAACAAUUCCAGAGGACGGUACUAUUAUCGAUGAUUACGAGACUGAAGAGAACAUAAAUCCUGAUGAAAAGUUGCCCCAGCGCGAUUUAGAUAAGAGAAUACAACGUGAGAAUGAGUACAGUGACAGUGAAGACGAAGGAGAAGGUGGACGAAAGGAUAAUAGAUCAUACAAAGGGUCUAAAAAACGAUUGCGUUUAGAAAAAGGACAUGAUAUUGAUAUGCAUAUGAUGAACAUCAAUAUAAAGAAAGAGGACACAGAGUUGAGAGAAAAUGAUAAAACCGAGAGAAUGAAUUAUGCGAACGAGGAAAUGAAGAGAGAAAAUUUCUGAUGACUCAUUCAAGAUCUGCACAUCUGCAAAAAGCGGUAUCCUCGCGGUGCAAUCGACGAAUAGUCCCUUUGGGCCUGGGCGAAGACGGGCGCAUGGGAAGCCAAUUACAUAGAAAUAUAUAAAAUACGUUAGCGAUAAGGAGCUAACAAUUACUACAAGAAUAGAAAGAAAUCAUCGGCUCAUCAGAAAGACAAGAUUACAAACUUGUGAAUUUUGUAUGUUAACUGUAUUUGUACUUUUGUAUUUAUCAAAAACUCGAGAUAUGUAAAAUUUCAUGCUUCUGAGCAUGCAAUCAAGAUAAGAACAAUAUCUUAUAUUAAGAUAAAAAAAUAGAGAACGUAAUUCGAAUAAGAUGUUUUAUGUUUUUCAAAUGAACCACUCAAAAGGAAAUAAAAUCUUCGUCAU